AUGGCUGGUGUUGACCACGCCUAUCAGUACUCUGUGGAAGUGAAGAGCAGGUUCUCACUGUUCCUGGACGACACUCUAAAUAGUGAAGACCCGGAUAUCCUGCUAUCCAAGUUGCAGAGUAAACGAAGUGAAAAGACUAAAAAGGAUAAGCCUCAUGUGCAACAACAACAUGUGGCACCUGCAAAGGUCGACACGACAACUAAGAGUGAGGUGAAGGUUGAGACUGCAGCUCCGAAAGUUGGUUCUCGAGUGUCGAAAACCACCAACGUCACAGAGCCGCCACCAGUGCCACCUGAAGACGUACAAAUCGCAUCCGCAAAGGGGACAGAUGAGUCAAUUAGUGCCUUUGUGCGUGGUCGUGGUUCAGGUAGAGGAACACCUCGAGGGAUGCGUGUAGGCAGAGGACAAGGGCCUCGAAUGGCUCCGACAGAAACACCUCAGGAUUCAGUGAAUGAUUUGAAUACUACCAGAGGGCCAAGUUUCGAGCCUAGAGGACGUGGGAGAGGCAGGGGAAGAGCAAUGUUUGGUCGAGGUCGUGGGAUGCCAUUCAAUUCAAACCGAGACUUCGACAAUCAGGAUGGUCCAGAUCGUCAGGGUCCAAGACAAUAUGGUCGAAGAGAUGGAAAUUGGAAUGCUCAGGAUGAUGAUGGUCAAACAAUGCCUGAGAGUGGUGACUCAGAGCAAGUUGUGCGUUGCUCAGACGGUCGUAACGAGGUCGAGGACCAGUCAGAGCAUGCCACGGCGGAGAAUGAGGAGGGUGUGGUUGUCAACACAGAAACCCCAGUUGAGGAAGAACCGAAAAGCUACACAUUGGAAGAAUACAAGGCCAUGCGCCAGUCUUCCAAACCAGCCGUCUUACUGAACAACAAAGGUCUACGCAAAGCUAAUGAUGGCAAAGAUGUGUUUGCAAACAUGGUGGCUCACAGAAAAAUACAGGAGGUCCAUGAGGAUACCUACGAGGUGGAGGAGAAGGAAAACGAGCCUGAGUAUAAAUAUUGUUGAAUAAAUACGUUCAACAUCACCAUCUAAUCAUUGGCAUUAUGGUUAAAAUUUAUCUAACACUUGUGUUUUGUACAAAUUUCAGAAACUGAUUAAUUUGAAACUUCAUAGGUAAUUUUGUUGUUCUGAAGUUUUCUACUCGAUAGUUAUAUUGGAGUUGUCGUAGACAAAAUCAUAAUUUCAGUAGAGGUGUUUCUUAUUUGUCCUCAAUAUUUUCCGUUAGCAUUAUAGUUUUACGGAAAGUUUUCUAAUAAGCUCAACAUUAUAGGGUAAACCGUGUUAACUAUUAGGAUUGCUGUUAUGUAGUUUCUAUGCCGUCCUAGUCCUAUGAACUACUUUUUUAGCCUACAGAAGAGUAUCCAAUGAAAGCAUGUCUCUGAAUAGGGAUCUUACUUUUGCAUAUUAUUGUGUGUCGUCUGAAUAAUUUAUAUGGUAUACUUUGUGAUGGUAUGAUUUGCGGCCGUAUAAGUUAUCCAAUUACUCAAAAUAAGAUAUAAAGGUUAUUUUGAUUCAUUCAGCAUUCUACUUACUGAAAGAUAUUUGCAGUAUGUCAAACG